AGAAGAUCGAGUUUGGUUUGGAUACCAACGUGUGCCUGCUGGUCGUAAAGCUUUGACUCGUAGAGGCGUAGCACCACCUCUUUAAGUUAAAAGAUGUUUGGGGCCGAGCGAGCGAGCGAGCGCAUUUCUAUCAUCAUGGGCAUGCCGGACGAAAAUCAGAUGGAGGAGGUGCUCGUGGAUGCUCACGAUAGGGUGCGAGUAAUGACCCUCAAUCGCCCUCAAGUGCUCAAUUGUCUCAAUCUCUCCGUUGUCUCCCGACUCGCGGAGCUGUUUGAGCAGUGGGAGAGAGAUGAGAGUGUGGAGCUUAUAAUCAUCAAGGCCGCAGGCAAGGUUUUCUCUGCUGGUGGUGACCUGCGCAUGUUCUACGAUCACAGGAAAGACGAAUCGUGGAAGGAAGUCGUGUACAAAAAGUACUGGCUCGACUAUCACCUGUACAGCUACAGGAAAACAAGAGUAGCUAUUUGGCACGGACUCGUUGUGGGAGGGGGAGCAGGCUUUACGUUUCCCAGCACGUUUAGAAUCGUCACUGAGAAUGCUGCAUUCUCCACUCCCGAAGUUGCUGUCGGUUUUCAUACUGAUUGUAGUGCCUCGUAUUUCCUUCCACGACUUCCAGGACAUCUGGGAGAAUACCUUGCGCUCACAGGAUCGAAACUGGACUGCGCUGAUAUGCUAGCUUGUGGCAUCGCUACGCAUUUUGUCCCUUCAAAGGAUGUUCCGGAGCUUGAGAAGACUUUGCUGAAUUUACAACCGGAAAGCUCAAUACAGGAGGCUAUCCAGGGAUUUGCUAAGAUGCCUGAAGCUGAAGCGAGCAGUGUCAUGAAAAGGAUGACUUGGAUAAACAGCUGCUUCUCGAAAGACCGAGUUGAAGAGAUAAUCGAGUCUCUGGCCAGUACCAAUGACGAAUGGUGUAAAGAAACUGCGCGGUCACUGAGGCGCCUCUCGCCAAUUGCGCUCAAGCAAGCCUUAGCAUCGAUCCGGCAAGGCAGGACUCAGAGCUUGAAGAAAUGCUUGGAAAGAGAGCAGCGGAUUACUCUAAAUUGCUUAAGGAGCCUAGUCUCGGAUGAUCUCUACGAAGGGAUUAGAGCUGUGGUUGUGGAUAAAGAUCGCGCUCCAAAGUGGAAUCCAUCGACUCUUGCAGAAGUCACGGAUGACAUGGUAGAGAUGAUCUUGAACACCUACACUGCCAGGGAGCAAAUUCAAUUGCCUCUGGAAGGCGAGGAAAGGUGGAGUGGCAAAUACUUGGCCUAGGAGAUCCAGCCAAACUCCCGCCAUUUUCUUGUUUGAAUUCAAAAUAGUCGCGAAUAUUCAUGAGGCUUAGAGGCUUAGGGUUUUUGCGAGAAGGGGAAGAAACUCUCGGGGACGCAGGACCGAGGACCACUUCGAUGGGAGACCAGCACGUAUCUCGGCAGUGAUCUCCGAGUGGUGGCGGAUGUCACUAGCGGCAAUUCGUCUUCAGAGUUUGGAUGGGUGGUGAUCUUCCGCCUAAGAACAGAACAUGAGUAUGACUCGAAGCAGGGUAGAGUUUUUUUCUCGCUUACCAUUCGCAUUCCAAAGAGCGCAAUUCAGUAGCACAUUUAUUAUACU